ACACCAAAAAAUAAGAGAGAAAAAAAAAAGAAUAAGCUCUCUGAAUUCUCAGAAGAGAGAGAGAGAGAAAUCUUUCAGUUCCAAGAAAUAUGGGAAACAGCUUAAGAUGUUGUCUAGCCUGUGUUCUUCCAUGUGGAUCCCUAGAUUUGAUCAGAAUCGUACAUCUCAACGGAUACGUGGAAGAGAUCGCCAGGACGGUGACGGCCGGAGAGAUCCUGAAGGCAAACCCUAAUCAUGUCCUGAGCACACCCUGUUCCCAGGGAGUUGUCCGAAAAAUUUUGAUAUUGUCGCCGGAAUCUGAGCUCAAGCGUGGCAGCAUCUACUUUUUGAUCCCGGACUCUUCCUUGUCGGAGAAGAAGAAAAGGAAGUAUAAAGAUCUCCGGCGCCGGAAAAAUAAAAUUUCCUACGACGUCGCCACGAACAAGAUCAGUGGUAGCGACAAUGAUCACAGUUUGAAGUUGUGUGAGAAGUACUUGGAAGACGUGGUGUUGUCAUCGGAGAAGUUGAGUUACGUCGCCGGAAAAGAGAACCGCCACCGCCGGAGACACAGCCGAUCGGCGUCAGUGUCCACGUGGCGACCACACCUGGAGAGCAUUGCCGAGGAUUGAUUUUUGUGUUUCUUCUUCUUUUUUUUUUCUCCGAUCGGUUUUUUUUUUGUCCGGGAGCCGGAUUAAUUAAUAUCUCCGGAGAGAUCAUUUUCUUUCUUUUUUUUUUCUUUUUUUUUUAAAAAAAAACUGUGUAAUGUGGAUAAGAUUUAUGUUAAAUUGCUUUUGUAAUUUCAGGUCUGUGGAAAUGAAGACAAGAUCCUAUAUUC